AUGUAUCUUCUCACACUGCGCUCAGGUGAGCUGGACCCUUCAACAGCAGUAGCCACUCCAUCUAGAGUCCCCAACGGCACCACGUGUUUGAUCAUGUUGGAGCCCAGCAGCCAGCCUGGUGGCACGCACGUGUCUCUGAAGUUCAGUCGGACCCUCUAUGUCAUCAGUCCUCUCGGUCAUCCUGAUCUGUUCCUCCGUCAUAGUAAUUGGAAACUCCAAUGCGAUCCUGUGGGGUCGGGAACGGAAUUCAAUGGAGAUGCCACUUUCAGAUGUGUUUUGGUCCCCGUCAAGGAAGAGCCUUCCGAAGUUGAAAUUCUGAGCAAAAAACUGGCGAAAUUAAUUGCUCGGAGGAACUCUUAUAAACAGCAACUCGUCUCAUUGAAGCAAAAGUUUGAGAACGCCAAGACGCUUGUACAGUCUUUGAAGAAGGACAUUACGGCAACAGAAAAGUUGGUGUCACAUACCACACCAUUGUCGAAUCUAUCACCGUCUCAGAGAGCUUAA